UGUUUUUUUUACGUUGGUCAAAGCCCCGCGCCGUGUCCUCUCGAGCACACAAGUACAAACUAGCGUACUCGUUGAGCUAGUGUGACCUUUAACGGUGCCUUCGUGUGCAUGUACGUGCGUACGUUCAAUAUUGUCCACUCAGCUCAGCCAAGUGUUUCCCUCUAUUAAAGUUUUUCUCGGGUCCGAAGUUGCUCACUAGUUGUCGUAAUGCAUCCCAUCAGCGUGUCCAUUCCGUCUUUUCGUUCAGAAAACAACCACGUCGAGAGGGGCUACACGGUAUUUCGGAUUGACGUACUGACAAGCGGAAGACAACAUGCUGUUGAGAAACGCUACAGUGAAUUUCACUCCUUGCAUAAAAUGCUGAAGAAGAGCAUAAAACCGCCCGAGAUCCCGUCCAAGCAUGUGCGAAACUGGGUUCCCAAAGUGUUGGAGCAGAGGAGACAAGGACUGGAGCUCUACCUGCAGACGAUAAUUAUGGAGAAUGAGGUUCUUCCAAAGAUAUUCCUGGACUUCCUCAAUAUACGCCAUUUCCCCUCCUUGCCAAAGACAGAGAGCUGUGGGUCUUUCGAUACAGACUCAGUAGAAUCAAGUAAACUUUCACAUCAGCCCAUCAUGGUUUUUCUGAACGACCCCUACCUGCUGCCGGAUGCACACGAUGCCUUUUCAAAUGUCGUGAUUGAAGGCGUCAUCCAUGGAGUUUUCUUUGCUAAUCUCCAGCCCAGGUAGAGUCACAAAAAUGGAAGCAAGUUGUACGGAAACUAAACCUCAUUUACAUUGUCUUAAAGGUAGAUUUUAUUUUCAAUUUAAUCUCAUAAUAAGUUUGAGGCAUUUGAUUCAGGUGAAUGAAGUUAAUCAAGACGUUUUAUAGAACUGAAGCAGCAAAAUAGUGUUCUGGAGUCUUUUUAACAUGUCUUACUGUGAAAAUUUUCAUCAUCAAGUUUGAGAGAAAGAGGCGGGUUGCUAGGGAGAUUUAUUUGAAUAACAAAAUGAUUGAGGGAUACAAGCUGCGCCGAGGAACCACAUGGGAAAUGAAGCGUUGAAGGCCUCUUGGUUUAGAAAAAAAAAAUAUAUGCAGAGCGGCGUGGUGCCACUCCCUUUAAAAUACCAGCACCCGGGUCAGAGAGGACUCGAAAGGGACAUUGGGUUCAUUGGAAACCCGAAAGACUGACCUAACCUUGGUUUCAUUUUGUACUUGCACCUAUAAGAGAUUAUAAUUUAUUUUUCAAGAUAUAAUCAAAACUUGACUUAAUUAAUGGCCAGUAUGUGACACUAGUACCAGUGAUGUCCCAGACGGGAUGCAAAUAAUGAAGACUGCGUUAGUAUCGAAUUUUGUGCAAUAUGAAAUCAAACACUUUGUGGCUCGUCUGCAUAUCAUAUUAUUACAGUUCACUUCAAAAAGUGAGAAAUAGUUUUUCAGAUGGCCAAUGCCUGCCUAUUUUAUUUCAUUCAAAUGUAAUUUCUUGAGAUGGUCCGUUUGUUUUCAUUGUCAAAUGGUGGUAUAUUUCACUUAAUAGUGUAAUGAAUCUAGAAAAUAGAUUUCACAUUUUCAGUUGAAACGACUGAAAUGAAAUCUUUGAAUUUAGUGAGCUGCUCCCCUAUGUUUUUACGUGUACAGUAAACAGUUGUCCUGGAAGUAGUCAAUGUUAUGAACUUGAAUCUGUGAAUUGAUGUCUCAUGCCGACACGGCAGUUUUGUGCGACCUCAUCUUUAUCAUGCACUGAAUUAUGAUUGAACUAAAUCCUUCUGGUACAACUGUACUGUCAUAUUGCUAUUCUUGUUCCGUUUGUGCUUGUAUGUAUGAAAAGUCCCAAUGUGCCAUAAAAUGGACGAAACUGACUAAUUUAUGAUUAAAACCACAAUGUUACUGAUAUAA